AUUUUUUUCCCCGAGGAGAACCGAGAAAAACAAAGAGCACACAAAUGCUUCAGUACAUUCACGGCGGAAGGAUUUUAAGUCGCGUGCAAUACCGUCCUCUUCUAGACAAUUCGUUGUAAACGCGUCUACUCUGUGUCGCUGCCUCAGCUGUAACGUCGGUAUUUUCGCUAAGGGCACGGCCGCAGCCUCCGAGAUGCGCCGUGGUUGCCGGCCCCAAGCGCUGCGCACCACCGACACCGGCCCGGUUCAGUUAUGGCUUUCAGACGGAGAGCGAGGAGGAUGCGGUGGCUGGGCUGCUACAGGCUGGGCCUGCUGUGGAAAGCCCUGCUGGUGUUCCUGGCCAUCGCCUUUGCGGGGCAGCUCCUGGGGGUCAUCUUCAGCAAAAGUGUUCCGUCAGAGAGGCCCCACCCCAUGUUCUCCCUCCCCCCAGCGGAGGCCCAGGGGGCGUCGCUGGGCUCCUGCCGGCCCCACACCCACGUCAUGUUCCUGAAGACCCACAAGACGGCGAGCAGCACCGUGCUCAACAUGCUCUACCGCUUCGGGGACGAGCGGGGCCUACGCUUUGCCCUGCCCCUGGGGUACCAGUUCGGCUACCCGCUGCCCUUCAACGCCCACCGGGUGAAAGGCUACCGGGGGGCCCACGUAGUGGACUUCAGCAUCAUGGGGAACCACAUGCGCUUCAACAAGGCGGAGGUGGAGAAGGUGAUGCCGCCGGACACCUUCUACUUUUCAAUCCUGCGUGAUCCGGUGGCCCUGGCCGAGUCAUCAUACGCCUACUACAAAGCGGUGGCCCCUGCCUUCAAGCGGGCGAAGGGACUGGCCGACUUCGCCGCCGACCCCUGGCGCCACUACGACCCCCGGCUCCGCAAUAACCACUAUGCCCGCAACCUGCUGUGGUUCGACUUCGGCCUGGACCACAACGCCAACUUCUCGGAGGCGCUGGCCCGGCGGGGCGAGGCGGCCGUGCGCCGGGCCUUCCGCCUUGUCCUGCUGGCAGAGCACUUCGACCAGUCCAUGGUGCUGCUCCGCCACGCCCUCUGCUGGCCGCUGGACGCCGUGGUCUCCUUCAGCCUGAACGCGCGACAGCAGCGGGGUGGGAGGGGGGGUGCGGGCGGCAGCCUGGCGCUCACCGAGGAGCUGCACGCCAGGCUGCGUGAGUGGAACGCGCUGGACUGGCACCUCUACCAGGCCUUCAACCGCACCUUCUGGGAGGAGGUGGAGCGCUUCGGCAGGGCCCGCAUGGAGGAGGAGGUGGCCCGUCUGAGGGCCCGGCGGGAGGUGAUGGCACGCGUCUGCCUGCGGGACGGGGGGCGGCCCGUGGAGGCCAGCCGCAUCCGGGACAAGACCAUCCGGCCCUUCCAAAGCGGCCUGGUGAAGAUACUGGGCUAUGAGCUGCAGCCGGGGCUGGACAACGCCACCAGCCAGGCGUGCCUGAGGUUGAUCAGGCCUGAGAUCCAAUACAAAGACCUGCUGGACGCGCGGCAGUUCCCCCGCUCCUCCCAGCCCGCCGCCGCCCCCGGCGCCCCCUACAGGAAGGAUGCGGCGCACCCCAGGGGAGCGGGGGUGGCGGAGAGAGAGAGGGACUGGGACGGAAGCAGGCUGAGUCACAACCAGACCUCACUGCUGGGCCAAGGGAGGGUGCUGAGAUAG